AUGUCGGAUUUAGAAUACGACCGUUUGAAAGAGAUCCUAAUGGAUGACGACCAUGCUUCCAAUGGCCAGCUUCUCGAUGAUUCGUUAGAGGAGCAACGGUCGCCUGCGAAGCGAAAGCGAGUCAGAGGUCGGACGUCUCGCAAAUCGUUGCAAUCGGAAGCACCGUUCUCACGGAUCCAACUCAUCAUCGUACUCCUACGUCUUGUCAUUGGAGACGUGCUAUGGCGUAAACCCGGCGGGAUCCGUGCCGAAUCUUCGUCGUUUCAAAUAGAAGUGCCGACGCGAUCCGUCGACAAGUCAUGGAACGAAUUCGCUGGGCAGAUGGGCUACCGACUACAUCGCCGCACCCUUUCACCGGUCCACGUUUCGACUACGAUCAACCGUUACACGAGAGUCACACAUACAGUAUAUGAGAAAAACGCACGUGACGAACAACAAGAAGUAACAUAUCGGCAUGCAAGGAAAGCAAGUCUGCAACCAGAUGAGGUCCGCAAUGAAGAAUGGCCAAGUAUAGGGCAGCGCACGUACACAUGUUACGCCUUCCUCUGGUGGACUGGUAAAAAUGAGAUGGCUAAAUCAAGAGCGCGCACACGACCUUACAACUUGAGACCACGAACCCCAAAGAGUGACGCGCAGGAGGUAAAUACGGCAACAGUGGUUAGCAACGCUCGGCGCCUUACUCCCAAAUGGUUUCUUUUCCACAUCAUGAUUCUUUCGCUUAUCCAAGUCUGUUCGGGUUGCGCGACGCCUCCUGGGGGUCUUGUAUGCGCCAAGAAGGGGUUCUAUUACAUCACAACAGCGCCUCAAGCUCUUGAUACGUGCGCAAAUGGAUUGAAAAAUACUCAAAAUAUUCACAGAUGCGUUCACCUUGUUGAAAUUCAGACAGAACUCUUUUUCAAGGAAAAAUUAUUCCUACAAUACAUAGCCAGUGAUAGUUGCGCCAAUUUCCACGUUAAUAACAAAAGUGCUUCGUUAUUUCAAAAGAAUUUGGGAGCUAGCAUUGGCCUACGUAUACUCACCAUCAUUUGGCUAGCGCUGUCUAUUUAUCUACCAAUGGCAAAUUCAUUAUGCAUAAUACAAGCUAGGAGGAAAAAGCUUCCACAUAACGUAAACGAAGUUGAAAAUUUGAAGCAACAGUUGCAUCAGACACAGAGAAGCCUUCAUCAGCUGAAGCGUGCCAUCCCUCCUCUUCCGGAACCUGGUGUUCUGUAUGACAAGAUCGUCGUGCUUUGUACUGAUCAUUACACUCAUACCCAAGCUGUCACUUCUAUCGAAGAGAAAGUUCGUAGGCUGCGCUCCUCUGAUAAGUCUUCUCAGCAACGCAUCUCAGAGAUAAGCUCGCUCAAUCUUGAAAUUGAUUACCUCUAUCUGCAAUUUCGCUUCUGUAGGUCUCAGUUAUUAACUUUCUUCUCCCUUCCACCCUUGCUCAUAGCAAUGGACAAGAUGACGAAGCAGUACUGGGAGACCCUUAUGAGCCAACCGCAAGAAGUCAGUCACAACAAAGCGCUGAUAAUGGACAUGGAUAGUCUGGAGGACAUCACCUCGGACCAACUUCAGAUGCUGAGUUCCCUCCGAUCCUCACUCAACGAUCUACGCAUAGAAGCUCAAAACGAUACGGAAAAGGAGCAGUUGACCUUCGAGAAAGAAGUUCGAGACAGACUCGAUCAAAUACAGAAGCUUGCCCUCGGUCUCCAGGACGCCGUCAUGAAUCCUUUGCGCGAAAAGGCAGUUGCAGCAAAUCAAGAGGCGGGCGAGGGAAUCCGCAGGAUUCGCGAAGAGAACGACGUAUAA